AUGACACAGCAGCAUCUUUCAUCAGAGUCUGUAGCUCGACGCCACUUUCAUCGUGGUGGUGACCCUACUAGUCUAAACGAUGAUGGCCAAGACGAGACCAGACAAGGACAACCCCUGACUUCACAGCUGAGGCCCGAGAUACCUGUUACCAACAUCAACAUCCAGACCUUUGACCUGCGCCACUACAAUCUCGACGGACCCGGCGAAACUCCAGGAGCUUACCAUUCAUUCUCGGCAUCUUGUGGUAGGAGAUCAAAUCGCACCAGAGAUGACACACAUUCUCACCAAUCCACUCGACAGCACAGUUCGGAGAACGAGUCAUCUCAACAACCCUCACUCCCACCCCAAAUACCUCGAACUCCAGCAAUAAGACCACUGCGACAAACAAUCCCAGGAUGGCAACUCUCUGACCCCAUUGCAAUACCAUCCAGACGACCUACUGACGGAAGUUCUUCUCAGCCUUCAGCGUUCCUCUCCUUCUCCGGAAGCUCCUGGGAAGACUAUGUCUCAGAUGAUACAGUGGCCAAUUACCGAGCCAUCGGAGCUCAAUAUCAAGCAUGGAUAGCAGGCCCAACCCCAACAUCAUGUCCAAUCCGACGAUCAAGAGUCACCUGGGCAGACCUAGUCCACCCGCUCGAAGAAAACGGCUUCGAGGUGUAUCUUGACGACUUUAGAUCAACCCCCGAAGAAGUGGGCAACAUCGCGUCCACUGGGCUCUCAACAGGGAAUACUUGGCAUUAUGUUUACCUAAGGCAAUAUGGAUACUGGGAUGAUGGUCGUCAAGAGGGCUACACUGUUUACCAGCACCGCACCGGCCUCGGCGCUAUCUUCGUUGAGAACAUUACCAGACAAUUCGGGCCUUACUGGGCUCAAGUGACGCAGGCGCAGUACCAGCUUGAUAACCACAUCGAUACCCUCCGGCAUGUUUAUUUUAUUAACGUUCAGAACCUGCACACUUGGCCCUACGUGGAAUUCCAUCUAUACCCUCGUCAUGACUUGCACUGGUUCGAGGACUAUGAGCCCCAGUGCUGGGAAUAUGGCACAAGAGAGUAUCAGGAGCUCCUGGGUACGAAGCUGGGAAGGGGCGUUGCUCGUCUGGUUCUGGGAGCUUGGCCGAGGGGUACCCAUCGCAUUGAGAACAUUUUUACGUGGACCUAUGUCGGAAACUUACAGAUGAGGUUUGAUAUUAAGCGAAUUUGA